AUGACAGAAAGAUUAAACAUUACGAGAAACAGAACAUCAACCACAAUACACAACCAAGGAUCGACCCAAGCUUGUUGGGCUCAUGCUAUAGCAUCAUGCAUCAGAGCAGCACAAACCAAUAAAAUGGACUAUGAAGAUAUUGUACAGCGACUGCUAUUAGAAAUGGGUUCUACUGAACCACAAAAUUCUUUUGGAGUUUUGGAAACUAAGGCCGAGGAAUAUGGAGUUACCACAGAAUACCUCCAAUCAGCUGCUGAUGUACAAAACUCAAUUGAUGCUUCAUAUCGAAAAGAAAAUGACGGCCCAACUGGCAUUCUUCUAAAGAUGACCUUGAGAAAGAGCCAGUGGAGUUAUAUUGGAGGUCAAAGUUUUAAAAAAAGGUCAAAAAUCAUAUGGAGCGAUUUAUUAUCCAAUGCAGGCUCUGCUGGUCCUGGCAAUCCAGACUUGGGCCAUAGUUUGAGUGUUACAGGUUAUGCCACCCAAGGGAGUAAUUUUUAUUUGGUUUGUAAGAGUUCCUGGGGUGGUACAAAAGAAUUCUUAUUGGAUACCUCAACACUUUCCAACAAAGCAAGAUACCUAGAGAUCAAAAGCAUACCCUCUCACAAUAAGCUUGCAACAACAGAAUUAUCCACAUUUGAUGUGGAAGCUCCAUCUCUGCAGCCCCCAUUCAGAACAGAGUACUCAUCGUCCUUGCCUCCAAAAUUAACAGAGGUCUCUUCUGUGGUGCUUGGAUUCUCUAUUUUGAUUCAUGUCUGUUGGAUUAUUUUAUCUGGAGAAUCUCAUGUGCUUUUAUCAAUUCUCAUUGUUGCAGCACUUAUUUGCCUGGCGCUCCUCGCAAAAGAGAUCAAGAUACAAUCGAAAGGGAUCCAAAGAAGAAUGUACGGUUUCUUACUGGAUUAUUUCGCAAUGCUUCUAUGUUUAGUAUUUUUCAUAUUCGAUCUAUACCAAGCAAGAGCUGCAGCCAAUCCAAAACCUUCGAAUCCUAUAGCAUAUGGGAGAAAGUCAGACUAUGCUGUUUGA